AUGUUGCAGAGUCCGCACAAACCAAAUGAUGUUCAACAUCCUGACGAAUGUUCUGAGCCCGUUCAAAGACGUCGCAGACGUUUAUUCUCCUGGUCAAAAGAAGAGCCAUUGAGAAAUAUAAGAAAUGGACUUUGGACGGGCGACGUUUCAGUGGACAAUAUAAAGAAACCUUUCAAGAUCAACUUUGACACUGGAUCGACCACUUUCUGGGUGGCAUGUGAUUGUGUAAAUGAUCCGAAAAAUACAUGUGCUGGACACACGACUAUUCUUGAUUGCAAAAAUUCUCCGAUAUAUAUGAGCAUGGCCACCGGUUUUUGGGUUAAAGAUCGCGUUUGCAUCGAUCAUCUGUGCACCAACAACGAGCAAUGGAUUGGCUGUGCAAACUCUACAACUGUCGGCACUGAUGAAGCCGCAACGGGAGACGGGAUUAUGGGCUUGGCGUACAAUGACGGAUCGAUGAAGUGGUCACCGUUGCAACAGAUAUUCAGAAAGCCCGAAAACGACGAGAAAGUCUUUGCUUUCUAUCUCGACUCGGAAGCCGAAAAUCGACAAGACAAGAGGAAAACU